CUAAGUCUCAGUGAUAUGCUAGCUUAGUGGCCAUGGCAACAAAUAAGCGAGUAGUGGAGCUGGAGCGCUGCAUGUUGAUUGGCGUCUGUCUGCUUCUGCUAUGCCUCCUGCACACCGCUGAGGCGCAGUUGAUGCAGCAUCCGCCGGCGGAUUGCCCAGAAACGUGCGGCAAUAUAGCUAUCCCCUACCCAUUUGGCAUUGGCAACAAUUGUUCCUUGCUAGGGCCGGCAGGCGACGACUUCACCGUCGUAUGCAAUGAUAGCUACAACCCACCAAGGCCCUUCAGGGGUGACUAUGAGAUCACCGGUAUCGUGCUGGAGGAAGGCGUGUUGAACGCCAGCUACACAGCCGUGCCGUAUAUCUGCUAUAGCUCGCCCAACACCUCCCAACAAUUCACCAUGUCAUUCGACCUCGCCGGCUCGCCUUUCCUCAUCUCGACGACAGGCAACAAGUUCACGGCCAUCGGCUGCAACACCCUGGCGAUGAUUAUAGGCAAGGAAGAUAUGACCUACUUUACCGGCUGCAUCUCCUACUGCGGUGGGGAUGUACAAAAGGCCGCACCCGAUGGCUCGCCGUGCAGUGGCCUCGGCUGCUGCCAGACUGAACUCACGCCGGAGCUCAGCUUCUUGAACGUCACCUGGGGAGUCGAUGGCCACAACGACACUACAAAUAGUGCGUGGGAUUACAGCCCCUGCAGCUACGCCUUCAUAGCCGAUAAAAACUGGUACUCCUUCAAGCGGGAGGACCUCGUUGGCAAUGCCAACUACUUUGACAAAAAAGGCAUUCCUUUGGUGCUGGACUGGGCUAUCAGGAGUAACGGGUCUUCAUGCCCGCACGAGUCUGGCAAGAUGGCAAACCCGGUUGUGCCUUACGGUGCUUGCGUGAGCAGCCACAGCUACUGCGUCAACGUCACCAACAACGGACACGGGUACCUCUGUAAUUGCUCCGAUGGAUAUCAUGGCAAUCCUUAUCUCCCCGAAGGAUGCAUAGAUAUUAAUGAGUGUGAUCCAUCCACUUAUAAAGAGAAUCCUUGCCCUGGUGGGACAUGCCAUAACCUAGAAGGUGGCUACAAAUGUAAAUGCAACUUUGGGCGAAGAAAAGAUAGAAAAAACAACAAUUCCUGUCAACCAGUACUAUCCAAAUCAGCUACAGCGCUGAUCGCAACAAUAUGUGCCAUCGCAAUUUCGUCCAUCGUACUCAUUUUCUUGCGCAUGGAAUAUGAGAAGAGGAAGCUUAGAGAUCAUUUCAACAAAAAUGGUGGUCAACUUCUCAAAAACAUAGGUAUUAAGAUAUUCACAAAGGAGGAGGUAGGCAAAAUCACAAACAAUUAUAGUAUCAUUCUUGGAAAGGGUGGCUUCGGUGAGGUGUACAAGGGAACUACUAAUGACAACCAGCAAGUUGCGGUGAAGCGCUCCAUUGCAGUUGAUGAUGAGGCACGCAAAAAGGAUUUUGCUAAUGAGGUUACAAUUCAAUCUCAAAUCAAUCAUAAGAACGUGGUUAGACUUGUGGGUUGUUGUUUGGAGACAAAUGUCCCAAUGCUGGUCUCCGCGUACAUACCAAAAGGAAGCCUGCACGAUGUGCUUCAUGGUAAUGGCAAUCACGUUGCAAAAUAUAAUCUCACAUUACAAGUACGUCUAGAAAUUGCUAUUGAAUCUGCAGAAGCUCUAGCUUACAUGCAUUCAUCUGCUAGUCAGAAGAUACUUCAUGGAGAUGUCAAGUCCAGCAACAUUCUCCUAGAUGAUGACUUCAAGCCAAAAGUCUCAGACUUUGGAAUAUCUAGACUCAUAUCUAUAGAGAAGAACCACACUAACUUCGUCGUAGGGGAUAUAAACUACAUAGAUCCUGUGUAUAUGAAAACAGGGAUACUUACAGAGAAGAGUGACGUGUAUAGCUUUGGGGUUGUGCUCUUAGAACUAAUCACAAGAAAAAAGGCAAGGUAUGAUGGAAACAAUAGCCUCCCAAUAAACUUUGUUAAAUCUUACAUGACGGAUAGCCAGGCAAGAGAGAUGCUCGAUGAUGAUAUCACGUCACCUGAAGUCAUGGACUGUCUUCACAUGAUUGGUAGGAUCGCAGUUCAAUCUUUGAAGGAAGACGUGGAUGAGAGGCCUACCAUGAAGCAUGUUUUGGAGCACCUUCAUUUGGUGAGAAAGGAAUGGAUGCAAAUUCAAGGGCAUAUGAGUUGUUAUCAAAGUUGAUGAUUAUUGCAUCACCACAACAACGCUUACGACAACAUAGUUGCCUUUCAGUGUGAAGCUAUAUAUUGCACUACUUUGCGCUGAUGGUAUACUUUGCAUUAUAAGAUGAAAUAAUUCUGUUUGUAAGAUUUAUAUAUUGUGUUGUUUUUAGAUGUUUAACUAAAGAUUUGUAUGUUGCUAUCACAGCUAAUAAUACGUUGAACUUUGUAAGUUCUUUUAACUAAGGUUUUGUACGUUGGUAUCAUAGCUAGUAAUAUGUUGAACUUUGUAAGUUCUUUUAACCAAGGUUUUGUACAUUGAUAUCGUAGCUAAAUAGCUAGGUGGCCCACGUAAUUGUACGGCUAGCACCUAUACAAAAUUUUCUAUCUUUUUG